AUGGCCUAUGACCGCUACGUGGCCAUCUGCAAGCCCCUGCACUACGGGACCCUCCUGGGCGGCAGAGCCUGUGCCACCAUGGCAGCAGCUGCCUGGGGCUAUGGGUUUAUCAAUGCUGUCCUGCACACAGCCAAUACAUUUUCUCUUCCUCUCUGCCAAGGCAAUGCUGUGGACCAGUUCUUCUGUGAAAUCCCCCAGAUCCUCAAGCUCUCCUGCUCAGACUCCUCCAUGAGGGAAGCUGGGCUUCUUGUGGCUAGUGUCUGCAUAGUCUUCAUGUAUUUUGUUUUCAUCCUGGUGUCCUAUGUGCAGAUCUUCAGGGCCGUGCUGAGGAUCCCCUCUCAGCAGGGCCGGCACAAAGCCUUUUCCACGUGCCUCCCUCACCUGGUCAUCGUCUCCCUGUUUCUUAGCACUGCCAUGUUUGCCUGUCUGAAGCCUUCCUCCGUCUCCUCCCCAGCUCUAAUUCUGAUGGUGUCAUUUAUAUACUCGGUGGUGCCUCCAGUGGUGAACCCUCUCAUCUAUAGCAUGAGAAAUAAGGAAAUCAAGAAUGGUAUAAAGAAAGUGAUUUCAUGGACAUUUCUCAAGGGCAAUAAACAUCCUACCUUUCUUGACAAACGUCUGUGA